AUGGUAACCACAGAAAUCUGCGUCUUCACCCUCCUCGACACAAUCACCCUCCCAGACCUCCUCGACCCCUCCUCGGUCCAUAAAUCCUCAAUCGCAACCGUUCUUUCCCAACCGGGCUGUCAAUCCUUCCACUGGGGCGUAGGAAUCCAAGAUCCUCUAAAGUUAUUCUGGUUUAUCGAAUGGGACUCCCUCUCCUCCCACCAACUCUUCCAAUCCCAACCUUCAUACCCCUCCUUCGCCUCAACCCUCAUAACCACCCUCACAAACCCCUCAUCCGAAUCUCCAAUCUCAGUUUUACACUAUAACCUCCCAACCCCUCUCUCCACCUUCCCAAAAAAGCCAUACCUAGAAUACUUCUCCCUCCCCACCCUCCCAUCCUCAAACUCCAGUAUAUCAUCUACAUUCGAAACCCUUCAAGUCGCUUUAUCAACCUACGACCCAGAGGAAGAAGGAGGGAAAUCUAUCCCUUCAACAUACGCAUUCUCAAUCGAUGAAGGUCAUGAGAAUCUGCUUGUAUCGUUGAUCGGAUGGAAGGAUAAAGAUCAACAUGCUGCCUUUUUGAAAACAGACGCGUUUGCGAAGGCGGAACCGGAGAUGAGACAGGUUGCUGCGGGUCCUCCAACGGCUCUUCAUGUGGAUUUGCAGGAGUGGGAGUAG